AAUACGUUGUUUUGGAAGUUCACCGCAAUUGCACGGGAGGGGAAAAUCGAAGGGAGUAUGAAAACGAGAAGAACACACCGUGUUAUAAUAGUAAGAAGUUUUUGAAAGAAUGGGAAUGCAAUUUUCAAACCUCUUUAGCAGUGGUAGCGGUAGUAGCAGCAACACUGAAGAWCCAUUUUCGUUCUCUGAACUCAACAAGGCACAUGCGUCCUCUAAAGCAUCGUURCCAGAUCCGGUCUUUGUCRAUGCCAGCGACGGCGUGAAAUUGGCCGUUAGAAUCUUUCGACCGAGAAACACGGAAACGAGCUCAGACAAGGAAAAUGAGGAAGAAUCUAUAGCACUGGUGUUUUACCACGGUGGCGGGGCUCACUCUGGCGCCGGAUAYCCAACCAUGGCGGAAGGACUCGCAAGGGAAUACGGUAUUUCUGUAUACCUUCCAGAUCUACGAGGUCACGGUUGCUCCGGAGGACCCCGCGGUGAUGCUCCCUCGCAGGAGCAGGUUUGGAGAGACAUAAGCACAGUCCUCGACUUCGUCGCCCGAGACCAAAACAAACUCGAUGUUGAUAACAAAGGAGAAAAACUAUCUAAUAAGAUAUACCUGGGAGGCCACUCCUCUGGGGGUGGCGUUGUCGUGAACUAUGUAUCAUGGCAAGACAAAAAUCAAUCUUCCGUGGCUAUAUCGGGUUAUGUCUUGGUCGCUCCCCAACUCGGACACAACUCCUGCACGGCCCGUCCCAAAACAAGCAAUCGUCCGGACUUCGCGAAGGUCAAUAUCCCCGCGUUCAUUUUCAAUGGMAUUUUUGGUGUUCUCGGUAACUUUGCAGCGGUUCAAUUCAAYUAUCCAGCAGAUAUAUUAGAACAAGACGAAGGAAUGGUAGCAUUCAAUACCGUUAAUAUGGCCAAUGCUAUCACACCAGUAGAUCCAAAAGCGCAGAUCGAAACAAGCAUGGGYCAGGAUUCCUUGUCAACGUUACAAUCACCACCGAUCGGUCUCUGGGUAGGUUCGGAAGAUGAGCUGUUUCUUCCCGAAAAAGUUGCGGCCUAUAUUCCUAGUAGCGAGAAAAAUGUAGGAAUUGUAGUUCCCGGCGAAAAUCAUCUUGGUAUCUUGGUGCGUGUCCACGAGCAAAUUGGACCAUGGAUUACACGUAGAAAUGAGUGAUUGUCUUGCGGAACAUGAAUCAUACGAACGUUUCAAUGCAAAAACUACUGUAAUCAUCGGUUUCAAACCACACCAGUUUUUGGUUUCUGUAAUAUUAAUAACAUAAUAAUAUUUUUAGUGUUGU